GAGCCGUUGUCCUGGAAAUUCGCCACUCCCAACACCAUAUAAAGAUGGGAUGUACGAGUAACUGUGAAUUUAUUAUGUGAGGUGAAACAUUUGGACAAGUUUAGAAGAGCGUCAAUGGCUGGAUCUGAAAGUAUUCAGUGCCCUCAUGGGCAAACACGCCUCAUCAAACACUUUGAGACACGGGCAGUAGAGAAUCAUGGCGACGGAUGGUCUCUCCUCUGGGACACAGAUAAUAGUGAUCUCUGGGAUAGAGGUAAACCAUCGCCCGCAUUGAUCGACCUCAUCGAGGAGAGGCGCGAUCUCUUCAGCCCCUUUACAAUAGACGGGAAGAGAAAGAAAGCCCUAGUACCGGGCUGUGGGAAAGGCUACGACGUCGUAAUGCUCGCCCUGCACGGUUACGACGUGUAUGGCCUUGAAGUCUCUGCGACGGGGGUAUCCGUUGCACAAGAGUAUGCGAAGAAUGAACUUGCAAACCCUCAGUCGUAUAACUUUGGGUCUUCAUGGGAAGAGUGGCAGGAGGCCGGUGAAGUAACCAUUAUCCAUGCAGACUUUUUCAAGUCGGGCUGGGAAGGUAUGAUCAAAUUUGAUGUUAUCUAUGACUAUACGUUCCUGUGUGCCCUCCACCCAAGCAUGCGAAGGCAGUGGGCUUCGCGGAUGGUCGAUCUUUUAUCUCCAACCGGUCAAGUUGUGUGCCUCGAGUUCCCCCUUUGGAAGGAUCCAAGUCUACCAGGGCCACCAUGGGGAUUGACUGGCGUGCAUUGGAACUUGAUGGUGGACGGAGGUGACGGUAUUGUUGGUGAAGCUGGAGCCGCUCAGGGGGAUAAGAAGGGGGCGUUUUCGCGGGCGCUAUAUAUAAAGCCGACGCGGUCAUAUGAGAAUGGAAGGGGAACGGAUAUGUUAAGUGUGUAUAUUAAAAAGUCGUAAUUCGGUAUAGAGAGCCGUUUAUCUGAAGUCAAGA